GGAGGCUGUUCCUGUCGUUGUGGCGACGGUUGCGGGUGUUGUGCAGACAGUGAGCUGCCGAGGCACCUUCGGAGACGCCUCCUCGCGGGACCUCCCUCCUCCAUCUUCUCCCGGAGCGCACGCUUCUGAGUUCAGGCCAGGUGAAGUGCCCUUACCUGCUCUACUUCAGACUCCGUCCCAGGAACUUGAGGUCCAAGAGCAGCAGUGAAGAUGUCUAAUGAGCCACCCCCUCCCUAUCCUGGGGGCCCGACAGCCCCCCUUCUAGAGGAGAAAAGUGGAACACCCUCCACCCCAGGCCGUGCCUCCCCGGCAGUGGUGCAGCCCCCACCGGGCAUGCCUCUGCCCCCAGCUGACAUUGGGCCCCCACCCUACGAACCACCCAACCACCCAGUGCUCCAGCCUGGCUUUGUCCCCCCACAUGUGAAUGCAGAUGGUGCCUACGUGCCUCCAGGUUUCUAUCCACCUCCAGGCCCCCACGCACCCAUGGGCUACUACCCUCCUGGGCCCUAUCCUCCUGGGCCCUACCCUGGCCCUGGAGGCCACGCUGCCACCGUCCUAGUCCCUUCAGGGGCCGCCACCACAGUGACGGUGCUGCAGGGUGAGAUCUUCGAGGGCGCGCCUGUGCAGACAGUGUGUCCACAUUGCCAGCAGGCUGUCACCACCAAGAUUUCCUACGAGAUCGGCCUGAUGAACUUUGUGCUGGGCUUCUUCUGCUGCUUCAUGGGAUGUGACCUGGGCUGCUGCUUGAUCCCCUGCCUCAUCAACGACUUUAAGGACGUGACCCACACGUGCCCCAACUGCAAAGCCUACAUCUACACGUACAAGCGCCUAUGCUAACUGAGCCCGACUCCCGCCUGCCUGUCUGGUGCUCGUGCUUCCUUUGCCUUUUGCUCAUGGCCGCCUCUCCUCCUGCUGGGCCAGAAGCCACUGUGCCGCUCCCCAGAAGUCUGUGCUCUUCACCUUGUCCUACCCCAGCUUCUGACUGCUGGCAAAACUGCUGCCUGUGGGCCAGGCCGGCGGGUGCCAGGCUGAGAGCUACAGCCCUGCAUGCCUGGUUGGCUGGUGGCCAACUGGAUAGUCUGGGAAGGGUCUGUUCCGCUCAGUCUCUCCACCGUGGUCCUUGCACCCUCCCCCCACUUCUCCCCUUCCAUGCCCGAGGUGUAGGCUCAGUCCAACCCUCCCAAGGACCCAGCAGCCAGAGCAGCAGCUGCUCACACAGCCUGGGACCACCUGGAGCCUGGCACAGCCCUGGCCUGCUGGGCUACUUGGAAUCGGUGGGCCCGAGCAUGGAGCGCCUCUGGUUUGUGUCUGGGUGUGAAGAGCAGCAGAAAUGGCAGCAGCUCUGGCCCCCAGACUCUCAGGUAAUGAAACUUGGUCCCCCAGGAGGGUUGAAGACAGCACCCUGCAGGCCCUGGUGAAUGAAUGGAGCCCUAGCUAGCCAAGGGGCUUGUACCUUUGUCUCCAACCCCAGCCCCCUGGAGUCAGUGUGCAGACCCCAUCCUGGCCAGGCCGCUCUGGACCCCAAGUUUGCUGAGACAGAGCAAUCUGUGCAUCUUGCACGCGCCAUCGCCAAGGUCUCCAGUGCAGACUGACCCUGGUGGCUGGCGUGUCCCCACUGCAGGAGAGCAGAGGACCCUGGUGGACAGCAGCAAUCUAUUACCCUUACCCCCCCCACCGUUUGUGUUCUCCUGAGGUCUGUAAACUGCUCAAGCCCCGCUGUUGCAUGGCCCUGUCAACUGAGUCGUGGCCGGCCUCAAUGUGUGGUUUCUCAUUAAACCGGCCCUGCAUCAGCUGCA